AUGCCAAAGGAGAAAAAGACAUCCGUCAGCAGCAACAAGCCCGAGAGAAUCGUCCUGGACUACAUGUCCAAGCAAAACCGACCCUACAGCGUCACGGAUAUUGUCACCAACCUCCAUGCAGCAGUCACAAAGACUGAAUGCCAACGGGCCGUCAACUCGCUCGUCGACAAGGAGCUCCUGACCUCAAAGACUUUUGGCAAGCAAACCAUCUACGUCGUACGCCAGGACACGAUAGAGACGGCCAAGCCUGAUGAACUUGUUUCGAUCGACAAGAGACUGGUCCAACUUCGGGAGACAAUCGCUGAACAAAAGUCAAAACAAAAGCAGCUCUCAGCAGAACUCGCGUUGCUCAACUCUGCGCUGACAACAGAGGAGAUCCAGCAUAGACUGGCCGUGCUGACAUCAAAGAACGAGCAAUCCAAGGAACAUCUUGUCCUUUUGCGCUCUGGAUCACAGCUAGUCCCAGUCGAGGAGAGGCAGCGGGUUACUCGCGAGAUGGAGACUCACCGAAAACUAUGGACCCAGAGGCGACGACUUUUCAAGGAUAUGUUCUCGACUGUCACUGAAAACCUUCCAGGAAAACCCAAGGAGUUGUUGGAGGAAUUGGAUAUCUCGCUAGAUGACCCUAUCGACAUUAACAUAAACCCAAGUGACCUUCUUUCGACAUGA